AAUUAUUCAAGAAGAGGAAAAAGAAAAAGAAAAAGAAAUUUCUUGGUCAGUUCAUAUGUUAUCCAUAAAAUGUUCCAUUCCUUAGCCUCUUCAAUGUGUUGUUGAAUACUAAAGGAAAACAGCUAAAAAUUUGAGUUAUUUGUGUGAAUUUGGGCAAUGAGCUCGUUUACAGUCAUGAAGCCAUUUAUACUUGCUUCUAACGAACCCACUGCAUCUUUCCCCAAAAAUCUUACUGCUUUUCUCCCAAACCCAAAAAAUACUUGGACUAAUAGGAACAGUAUUUUGCCAUUUGUGUGGCAACUGAAGUGUAAAAGUCUCUCUUCUUGGAAAUGCAAAGAAAAUGUAUGUACUGCUGCGUUAUCCUCAAAAGAAAUACCAGAUGAGGAAGAGUUUAUAGUGGUAAAUUUCUACCGCUUUGUUUUCAUUAAGGACCCCGAAGAGGAGGUCACCAAGCACCUUUCCUUUAUGGAGGGACGAGAUGUGCAUGGCCGCAUAUACUUAAACCAACAGGGAAUUAAUGCACAGUACAGUGGACCAAAAAAAGAUGCUCUUGCUUACGUUAAUUGGGUGCGGGAAGACCUCAGAUUUUCUGAUGUACUGGUCCAGAUCUCGCCAGCAUCAAACGGGCAUACCUUUCCAAGAUUGAAGUUGCGUUAUAAGCCCUCUCUUGUACAGUUGGAAGGAGGGAUUUCUCACCUUCCUUUGCUUGAUCCAUCGAUGAGAGCGGAACCUUUGGCACCAUCUGAAUGGAGGAAUAGAUUGGAAGCUGUAAAUAACACUAAUAAUUCAUCACAUGAAAACAUCAAUCCCAGUUGUAUACUUCUUGAUGUGAGAAAUGGUUAUGAAUGGGAUGUUGGGCAUUUUCAAGGCGCUCAGCGACCGGAUGUUGAUUGUUUUCGGUCCACUUCAUUUGGGCAAUCUGACUCAGAGGUGAUUGCUUCAGAUCCAUUAGCAGCUGUUGAUAAGGAGAGAACUGAUAUAUUGAUGUACUGCACUGGAGGUAUCCGCUGUGAUGUAUAUUCUGCUAUACUACGAAAGCAAGGUUUUAAACGAUUGUACACCUUGAAGGGGGGCGCUUCUCAUUAUCUUGAGAGAGAAGGUUCUGUAGGUUGGGUUGGAAAUCUGUUUGUAUUUGAUGCCCGUCUUUCUCUGCCACCUUCUACUUACAAGCCUGAAGUGGAGAUGGAAGCAAGCACAAAGCUAGAGGCCCCCCUGGAUAACUCGUUUGCCAAAUGCUACAUCUGUGGUUCACAAGUCUGUGAGCUGAGGCACCGCAAUUGUGCAAACCUCGACUGCAACUUACUUUUCCUAUGCUGCGAAGGCUGCGUGAAAGACCUAAGGGGAUGCUGCUGUUCUCAAUGCACAUCUGCACGUCGACUUAGGCCGGUGCUGACAGGUCACCAGAGAUACCAAAAAUGGCAUAAUUAUCGAGAUUUCGAGUUGCAAAGCCUGUAACAUCUUGACCAGUCAUCAGUUUCCAUAUCUUUGGAAGUUGAAAAUGUAUAUCUCCAAUUAAGAGAGGAAAUUGACCUCUAGUUUCUCUUUUAUUGGUUUAGUCGAAUUUUCAGAAACUUAGGUUGUUAAGUACCCCUAUAAGCUGAAAAUAUUAGUUAGGCAUAUAUAAUCUUGGAAGAACGUUGUCUUUUACUGAUAGUUAAUUAGAUAUUAUCUGAAUUUAAUUGGGAAGUAU